UGUCAGUGUCAGUUGUGAACUGGGCCACUAAAACAAAAAUAUAAAAAAGAGUAUUUACCAUUAUUCUAAUAUUUUAUUUAUCAUCCCAUGAAAACUGUCUAAACAGCUUUUAUUAGAAAUAUAAUACGUUAAUCUAGUGAUUUGAAAAUGGUAAGUAUAUAGAGUAAAUUUGCUUUAUAAGGAGGCAAACGUGGCUAUUGACUAGACAAAAAUAUACAUUUUUUUAAUUAUCCUUGAUAAAUAUCUUUGCAAAUUCGAGCUUAAGAAAAGUUUCAUAUGAUUUUAAGCACGGCAGACUAAAGGUGAGGACGUCAGAAGAACAAAAGCUCUAAAAGAGAAAGAACAACAGAAGAAGUUAGCAGCAUAUCAAGCAGGCAUACAGAAAAUUCUAUCCGGUCGGAAAAAGGAUAGCUAUGAUUCAGAAUGCUUUGCUUUAAGUGCUCAACUACUAAUUGCCAAUCCUGAUAUUUAUACUCUUUGGAAUUAUAGAAAGGAGGUGAUCCUUAUUGAAAAAGAAGCUUGUGAAGAAAAUGGUGAAGAAAAGCUAAUAAAGUUGCUAGAGGCAGAGUUGAAACUGACAGAACAAAGUCUUUUAGCUAAUCCAAAAUCUUAUGGCUCAUGGCACCAUAGAUAUUGGUCUAUGAUGAACCACCCAAAUCCAAACUGGGCUAAUGAAUUUAAUCUAUGCACCAAGUACCUCAAUAUGGAUGACAGAAAUUGUAAGGAGAAUGUCACAUGA